CAAGCGAGCCCCUUUCCAUCCUGCCCUCACCCCCCCUUGCCAUGAAGAAAACCCUACGCAAAAACCAAGGCGAGCGCUACCGCCUGAAAUUCCGGCGCCUGCGCCGUGCAGCCAAAGUGCUGGUUUACGAGAACGCAGCUCUGUGUGACGAGAUUGCCAGGCUCGAGGCGAAAUACCUGCGUGUCCGUGAAGAGCGUCGGUUCCUGCUCGCUCGCCUGCUGCAAGCGCAAGCCCUGGCGGAAGACGAGCCUCCUCUGCCGGCCGUCGCUUCCGCUUCGCAGCCCUCGCCGGAUGAGCUGGCCGCCCGCAAGCCCCGCCGAGAACGCAAAGGCAAAGAGAACGGCCGGGCCUCUAAGCGCAGGGCAGCCCCCGAGCUCGGCGUCCGCCGGCUGGUUCCGCCGCUUCCUUUGGAUCCUUCCGGGCGGCCGGUUUUACCCAUUGCGUUGGGUCCGCUGACGGUCUACAGCUUGGGGGAAAUUGUUCCCGACCGCCCAGGCUUCCACACGGAGACGGCCAUCUAUCCCGUCGGUUACUGCAGCACCAGGAUCUUCGCCAGCACCCGAAGACCAGUCCACCGCUGCCUCUACACCUGCCAGAUCAAGGAUGGCGGUGGCGGGCCACACUUUGAGAUUGCCCCCGAGGACGAGCCGGGCUGCGUGGUCGCUGGCUCCACUCCCGACUCCUGCCACGCCCAGCUUCUCGAGGCUGUGGGAGCAGCGCAGCUUGAGCCGGCAGGGGCCGAGUUCUUUGGCCUCUCCCACCCGGCCAUUCAGCACCUCAUCCAGAGCUGCCCAGGAGCUCGCAAGUGCACUCGGUACCGCUGGCUGCGCUUUGAGGUGUGCCGCCAAGCAGAUGGCCCCCCUCCUGAGGGGUUGCCCCCGGGAAACCCUGGGACUGACUAUGAGGCUUUCCAAAGCCAAGGCCUGGCUGGGCCUGUGGGCCUGGACUUCCCCACUGCCACCCCUUCCCCACCGAGCGGCAACGGGUAUGCAGAACUUUUUCUGCCCUGUGCUCCCUCUGGAGGCUCCCCCAUCCCCCAAAGCCCAGAGAGUGACACUGAUUGAAUUGGGUCGGAGCCGUCCAUUAUUUCACCCGAGUUUUCUAGUAGCUGCAACCGCAUAGAUGUCAUAAACUGCUAGUUCUAUACAAAGGGUCUGCUUUGAAGCUGGUGUUGUCUCUUUUAUUCUUCAUGGGCAUCAGUUUGCAUGGAGACACCCUAAAAGGGGGUAGCCAGUGUGGUGCCCUGCAGAUGUGGUUCGACUACAGCUCCCAUCAGCCUGAGCUAGUAUGGCCAAUCAUCGGGGAUGAUGGGAAUUGCAGUCUUAACAGCACCUGGAGGGCACUGUGUUGCCUAUUUCUCCCCUGGAGUAGCCAUGUUAUUUACAUUCUCACACACUAUUGAAAUAAGUACUUCAAAUGAUUGCUUGUCAAUUUUCUUCUUUCGGUGUUCCUACUUUAAUGAAAAUCACUGUCGCUUAUGGUUGGGGGUUUCCCUGGGUUGAGCCAGAGCAGAAUUAGGCCAACAUCGGCAGAAUCAUGUGGGCAUGCUUAACUAUCUACAAAGAGACAUUUCCAUCGGAGGACUCAUCAGUGAAACCUGUUAGUAAUAAAGCUUUUGAAAUUUUG